AUGCUGCAAGUUUCCGAUCUGCUCUCCAAGAACAAGGCGUGGAGCAGCAACUUCUGCUCCACCAAGCCUGAGCUGGCUGCGCAGCUGGCCAAGACGCAGACGCCCAAGAUCCUGUGGAUUGGGUGUGCUGAUUCGCGCGUCCCCGAGUCGGUCGUUUGCGAAGCCGACCCUGGCGAGAUCUUUGUCACGCGCAACAUCGCCAACCAGUUCCGUCUCGAUGACGACAAUGCGCUGAGCGUGCUGACGUUUGCGGUGCAGGCGUUGGGGAUCGAGCACGUGGUGGUGGUAGGCCACACCUCGUGUGGCGGCGUCAACGCUGCUAUCGCCGGUGCAGGUUCGCCGCCUAGCCAAGAGGCGCUGCAAUCGAGCGCGCUGCUCCGUCACCUCGUACCGUUGACCCAGGUCGCCAAGAAGGUCGUCGACGCAAAUCCCAAUGCUGACAAGGACGAGCUCGCUCAAAAGGUCAUCUACGAAUCCGUCAAGCUGCAGGUGGACAAUAUCGUCUCAACCGACAUCAUCAAGGACAACUGGAAGGGCGUCGAGUCGCCCCUCUCCGGCAAGGUCAUGAACAAGGUCCAGGUGCACGGUCUUUGCUACGACAUCGCCAAGGCCCAGCUCGUCGAUCUCGACCUCACUCGCUCUGCUUGA